CACUGCUAAAGUCUCACUACAGAUUCCCUGAGGGUGGGUGGAUGGGCGGACCGGUUUUACCUGGAACAGCUGAAACAAAUACAAAAGUGAAAGAAAAUGAAAACGCUCGGGGAAGUAUUUAAUCUUUUUGUCUGCGUAAUAUUAUCAAGAUUCAAUGCUGUAACUUCUAUCAUCCAUGUUGAGAAUGGGAAGAGUGUGACUUUAAAUCCAAAUAUACAAGGAAAUCCUGAAGACAUUUUGUGGACAUUCAAUGGAAACAAGGUGGCUGAACAUGAUUUGAAAGAAUUUCAAGACUAUGGUCAAUUCAUAGGAAGAUCAGAGAUUCAAAUCAUUACUGGGCAGCUCAUUGUUCUUCGCAUGACCAGCCAGGACAGUGGUAUUUAUAAGUCUGUAAUACAGAUCGAUGGAAAGCUGCAAAAUUCUGAAAAUGAAGUUCAAGUUAUUGAUGCUGUGCAGCAGCCUAAUGUGACCUGUAUACUGAACAAUAUUACAGAAUCAAAAACACUAUUCUGCUCAGUUUCAUCUCAAUUCCAAACAACCUUUGAAUGGACUGGAUCAAAUUCAAUACAACACUCUGGGCAAGAACUUCAUAUCAGCAAGGAGGAGAAGCCUGAUUCAGUCUUUACUUGCACUGUGAAAAAUGAAGUUAGCCAAAAGAGCACCAGUUUUGCCUUGAAAGACUGCCUCACAGAUGAGAAUAUCAUUCUACCAGUUAUUUUAGCCAUCAUCGGUGCUAUCGCGCUUAUCGUGGUGAUCACAGUGGUCUUUUACUUCAUUUGCCGAAGACAAAAUAAGGCUAAAGAUAGCACACAACAAAAUUUGAUAAACAUGUGUGGAUUCUCAGGGACAGAAGCACAAGGUGAAGAUGUUAAUCAGGCUCUCAGAAACAAUCAUGAUUCAGAGUACAAUGCAGAACAGGAUACAAAUGAAGAUGGAGAUGAGUCUGAAAACAAUGAAGAAACAAUGGGUGAUUAUAAAUAUGCAGAUGUUAACCAGACCCUCAAAAACAAGCAUGUUGCAGAGAACUAUAAAGAACAGGACAUACAUGAAGAAGGAGCUGAGUCUGAGAAAAAUUAAGAAGAAGAAUGGAUGGAUGAUAAUGAAUCUGGCCAAGACCUUCACAGUUAUGAAGAGAAUAAUCAGGAAAUUAGCAAAGCCCAAGACCUCACUGGACCCACACAAGACAGGAAUAGCAACGAGUAACAAGUUAAAUGACAAGCACUGAACAGCAGGGACUCAGAAAUAACUAUAACACUUUGCAAUAAGGUUAAUUUGUUAAUAUUAAUGCAUAAAGUAACAUGAUCUAGCAAUGAAUAAUAUAUUUUUACAGCAUUUAUUAACCCUCAAGCAUCUUUUGGGACUUUUUAUAUAUAUAUAUAUAUAUAUAUAUAUAUAUAUAUAGUUUCCUUAAUCUGAACGAUUAAAAACCUUGACUACUUUUCCUAAGUUUGUCAUCUAAACAUACACCCAAAGAAAAUAUUAGAGAAAUAUUUAUUAGAAAUAAGUAACUCUGUCUCCUAUUUGUCAUUUCCUUAUAGCAUGGUCAGAUUUGUCUGUAAGCAUACUUUGGCAUCUUUGUAUAAUCUCACCCAACACAAACACCAACACAGUUUUUUUUAAUGUAUAUAUAUAUUUUAAUAAUUCUACAAUUUUAACUUUUGAUAAAAUCUAAAACCUAAGAAGUUAAGUUUGUUACAACAAUGGUUUAUAGAUUUCAGCAUAUGCAGGCAUUAAGUACUACAGCCAUAUAGAGGCUAUUCAUAUUUUUAUACUAUCAUUGGUAUGUGAGGUUUUGGCUGUCUGAACUUACUUGAAUUUGUUUACAUUUUUUUUACUGAAAAAAAAAAAAACACAAUUACAGAAA